CGACGACGCCAGCCAUGACGACGACCCUCAAGGCAGUCGCUGCGUCGUUCUAUUUUAUGUUAUCGAAACUUCACCUCACAUAAAGCGGUCGCGCUGCCACAGCCCACUGCGACAACAUCAAAUUACAUGGUCCCCAACCGGACAAUGCAGACCAUCAGCGCGCUCCCGAGGCGCCUAACGCAGCUGUACUCGGACGCCAAGGUACACUGCGACGCCGUCGUCGAGCAAGACAACCAGGACACGCAGUCGACCGUCCUCCACCGCAAACUACGGAUCCAGAAGGACAGGCUAAUAACGUGGGGUGUCGACUGGAGCGACAAUGCAAAGGGCAAGAAUGGCGACAUCGACGAGAGCGUGGAGCAGGCGGGUCUCACCGAGAUGGUGUCCAGUGUGCUCGGGACCAUCAAGGAGACCCUCGACGAGGCUGAGCACAUGCACCUAGCUGCUGCACCUGCAGCGAGCAAGACAUUGUCAAAGGAGAAGAGCAGGCUGCCAGCAUCUGAUACGUCCGCGUGCGCGGCCGCCGAUAGGUCACGUUAUGAGGACCUCAUCAAGGACCUUACUACCUCUAUCGACAUCCUCUGUGACCUCUCGAGGAACCGACGUGCACAGCGUGGUUACCACUCGGACGUUAAGAGUGUUCCUGAGCCUCCAAGACCGUCUACUUCAACUGCUGUCUUCUCAAAGCCAGAAUACAGCGCCUCAGACCUUACGCUCGUCAAUCCGGCUACAUUCCCGCUUAAUGCACAUGCGCUGCAUACCGCCGCACGCUUGCACCUUCCACCCAAGCUGAACCCAUCAGAUCUUGCCUUGCCCGAAGAGGAACCACCGCCUUACGAAAGCGUCGGUGCUUCAUCCAUCCGUGUAAUAGGCCGACUACGCUCGCGCAACAGUUCGACAAACCCCUGGAAGACGGAUGGGUUGCGCACUGUCGAGAAGCCUGUCCUAGUCGAGUACGCGACAUUUGAUCCCACCUACCGCUACACUGAGGUCUCCCCACCCACCGAUCGUUUGGAUACCCUCUUGUCUAUCUUGACCAAGCUAUCGAAUGAUCAAACUCAUCUUGCUACCCUCAGGUGCUUAGGAUACUUCGAAGAUCCCCGGCAACCUCGAUUUGGUCUUGUGUUUGAACUUCCAUCAUUAACCUACUCUGGUGCGUCUGAUGCACAUAAGACAAUAGAUGAGCUGCGACCUGUCACACUUCUCAGUGUACUUCAGACAGGCUCCAAGUCCCUCAACAACUCGAACAGCGCCACACCCCCACUUGAGGAUCGCUUCCGCCUAGCCUACUCACUUGCUCUCACAUUCAGCAAGAUUCAUGGACACAACUUUGCACACAAGGAUCUAAAUAGCAGUAACGUUCUGGUCUUCCGAAAGAACAGACGACAGUCUGCAAACACAAGAGCGCUGCAGUACACUCUUCGAGCUCCAGUUGUCUGCUCGUUCGACCUCUUUUCCGAGUACGACAUCGAGGCUACUAAUACUAUGUCAACCCUCAACAUUUAUCGCCAUCCGGAGGACCCUAAAUUCACGGGGUCAAAGGAAAGGCACCAUGGUCCACAGUUCGAUCUAUACAGUCUUGGCUUGGUCCUUCUAGAAAUUGGCUUAUGGCAACCACUUGCAGAUUUGUGGAAGCCGAAGUACACUCUUGCCGACUUUAAGCAGCGUGUCGAAGAUGUGUACAUUCGACGUCUGGCAUCAAAAUGCGGCACUGCGUACAUGCAGGUUGUCCGAGAUUGCUUCUGGGCGGUUGACCGCAUCGAGACUAACGCUGAGAGUCUGCAAGACUUCGCGCAGCUUUAUAACCGCAUCAUCAUCAGACUGCAUAGGUGCUGCAUGCUUGAUGAGUCUGAGCCCAGCAUCGACCCUCAUGAUGCGCGACUAGGACCUACACUACUGAUGGGCUCCACUCAUCUCAAGCGCAAGAGUGUCAGCCAGCCUCAGAUUUUAGAGACGCCGACUAGUCCUUCUUACAGGAGUGCGAAACGAUGGGCGCUUGAAAAGGGCUCUCAGGCCCUCGAGCGAACGAAGUCGUUAACAAAGUCGGGUACAAAGAAGUCCCCAGAUCCCAACGCUCUGUCGCGAAACCCCUCACAGCGCUCGCAGCAUUCACAGCACUCGAUCCGCAAAUCGAUCUCCGAGACCAUGGGUCUUACUAACCCACGGGAAGAGUCAAUGGAGUCUAUGAACUGGGAACAGCAUGAUCAGAGAUCACUAGAGACCUCCGGUACACUGGUCCCUACGCCACACAGUUCGCAGGAUCGAAGCGAUAUAUCCUCGUUGUUCAGGGAGCAGAUCGCUGCUGCGUCUAUCAUCCAGCGCGCAUGGAGGGCAUCGCGGUCACAAUCGACUGUAAGCUCUGCCCUCGAUGACUACAGGGAGAAGAUCACCAUCAUCCAGACUGCCUGGCGGCAGAGGAAGCAGAAACGGACCCAUUCCGUAGAGGCUCUCCUCACCGAAGGUAUCCGUCACUGGCCCCAAGCUACCCUCGGCUAUCCUACACCCGAGCCUGAGGUACAUAAUGCUGGCGUCGUAGAGCAAAACGACAGGUGUAUCACCUCUUUCAUACAGAUACAGACCGACAUCGAACCAACGCCUCGACCAAAGUUGCGAUUGCAUCCAGUGAAAUUCACACCUGCAAUCGUCGAUGAAUGGCAUAUCGCAAUGCUCCCACGGCUCGAGCGCCUUGUCGAGUGCGCUCUCAAGGACUCGGAUGAGACCGUAAGCAUCGAUCUCGUUGCAAUUGGUGAGACUCAGGAGAAAGCUCGACCCACCAUUUUCAUCACAUGCAGCAGUAUCGCCAAAAUCAAGGCACUGCUGGCGCGCCGCUUCCGUUAUGAUGAGAACGUGUUCGAUCUCAAGGUCCGCCGGGGAAAGGUCCGACGAUCUAAGAUGAGCCGCUCUUCUGGACACACACGACCACCUCAUCGCUCCAUGAUGAAUACCGAAAACUACAACGCUGACAUGACUGUCAUGAAUCCGUAUCACCAACAGCGCCCUCUCUGUGGCGCAUCCAUCGGCGCCUUCAAUGGCAAGCAGCAUCUUCCUCCGGUCUCGUAUGGUGGGGUCGUACUGGUCGAUGAUGAGCCACUUGGCAUGAGUGUCCACCACCUGCUCGAUGCACCAUCAGAUGACGAGAGUGAGACUGAUGAAGAAGUUGCAGGCCCUUACCCGUACGAUGCAGUUCUGUCGAGCGCAACUAGCAACAGCAAUCCUUGGCUGAUGGGCAUGGGCGCUCAGCCUGGCCUUGAACUGGCCACCGAUGCACCAGUACCGAUAUGGGAUCUCGAGUUGUCUGAUGACGAAGGAGAUGUUGGAAGCGAGGAAGACGAUGAAGCUGAGUCAUUCAACUUCUCGGACUCAGAGUUCGACUCUGAAGACGACUCUGACCGGGAAGCGAUGACGGACUCGACAAUAUCCCGUGUCACUGUCGGUGACAUCGAAGGCAUCGAGAUCGGCGAAGGUGAAGAAAUCAGAGUCACACAGCCAGCCAUUGACGACGUCGACGAAGACUUUUUCCCGAACGAAGAAGACAAGGAUGAAGACCAUCUUGACUCUCAUGAUCUCGGCCACGUCCACGCAUCCUCAGGUAUACGCCGCUGGAAGCGUGACGGCGUCCUGCACGAGAUCGAUUGGGCUUUGCUGAAGCUCAACGAUGACCGCAUGCAGCCGUACAACGUAUGCCAGGGCGGUCGCCGCUUUGCGUUCGGCUCGAUGAAGCCAGACCAACGCGAGAUAUCCAGUAAGCUCGAUGAGCCUGUCAACAGACGCCAUUACAACCCUAGCGAGGACGAGUACCCAAACGGCGUAGCGGCCGCUGAUUCCCUCGGCGGCCUCAACGUCCACUGCUUCGGCCGCACCACAGGUCUGCAAGGCGGCAUGGUUGGCCAAGCCAUGAGUUCCGUACGCAUCUACCGUCGCAAAUCUUUCUCUCGCAGCUGGUACGUUGCCGGCGGAUUCGGCGUUGGCGGUGACUCUGGCGCAUGGGUUAUCCAGAACGAUUCGCACCGCGUCGUGGGCCACGUGCUCGCCUGGUGUCAACGCAACCACAUCGCGUACAUCUGCCCCAUGGAAGUCCUCCUCGAAGACAUCAAGCGCACUCUGGGCGCUAAGCGCAUCUACCUCCCUGGCUCAGACGAGCAGCGGGCUUUCAUCGCCAGGCAGCAGGGGCAGAAGACAGCGAUCGGCGUAGCUAACGCUAUUAGCGAGCUGGAGUCUGCUGUCCAGGGCCUUGGCAUCGUGGAUAGCCAUGAUUCGGCUGUCGAUAUGCGGUCAGCUUAUGGCUCGGGGAUGUCGACGAGAAGAACCAGGCUUGAUUUGAGUCCGUUGAACACGGGUAGCAGUGAAAGUAGCACGGAGAAUCGCCGUGUGAUGAAAGGCAAGGCAAUGAGGGUUGGCGAGGGGAGAGAGACGAUGGUGCAGAUGGCCAUCCGGCCCCAAGGAUGACUGUUGCAUGAUGAUGGCGUUUUAGGAGGAUGAUACCCUACUUGGAUCGGAUGGAUGAGAUACGUGUAUUGAAUCAAACAAGCAAUGCUCAGCAUUCGGGCCUUGCAUUUCAUCUCCGUAUUGUAAAUUCUUGUGCAGCUAAGCAGAUCUCAGACAUCUGCGAAAUGAAAGAUUCAGGCCUUCCGAAGAUUAAGGGAUGUGACGACUUCUAUAGUCCAGAUGCCUUAACCGAUCCGAAGAGCACUGAUACGUAAAACGUUAUGACAAAGCUCAGCUACAGGCAAACACCAAAGUGAC